AUGCACAUACAACCCUUGCUUGGUACACAGCUGUUCUCAGUACCCUGUGAGUAUUUGUACAUUGAGCUAAGACAAACCCGAAAGUUUUUAGAACAGGGUGUUGAGGUUAAAGAGAAGGAUGAAACAGGUGCCUAUUUAAUAGACAGAGACCCGACCUACUUCGGGCCAGUGCUGAACUAUCUCAGACAUGGGAAACUGGUUAUUAACAAGGACUUAGCUGAGGAAGGUGUACUGGAAGAGGCUGAAUUCUACAAUAUCACAUCACUAAUAAAACUGGUAAAGGACAAAAUAAGAGAGAGAGACAGCAAAAUCUCGCAGGUGCCAGUCAAACAUGUGUACAGGGUGCUGCAGUGCCAGGAAGAGGAACUCACUCAAAUGGUUUCCACAAUGUCCGAUGGCUGGAAAUUUGAACAGCUGGUCAGUAUUGGUUCAUCCUAUAACUAUGGCAAUGAAGAUCAGGCUGAAUUUCUGUGUGUUGUCUCAAAGGAAUUGCAUAACACUCCCUAUGGCACAACCAGUGAACCCAGUGAAAAAGCAAAGAGUUUAAAAGUCAACUUUGGAUCUGGUGCAUCUGGACAAAAACCAGAACAGAAACAUGAAAAGAAAGAAAAUUCUGAACACAGCAGAUCUGCAUCAGGGUUGGAACAGUCCCCAGUAUCAGUAGAAAAACUGGUGGAAGAACAAAUUGAGAGCAGCGCUGCAGAGGAGGACUUUGGGAUACUGGUGGGUGAAAAAAUGGACACGAGCCAGCAACGUACGCUUGCAGCCCAGAAAGCCAAUUAUUCAGGGCUGCACGAAAAGAAGCGUGGCCAGCUGGUCGAGGGAGGAGAUUCUCCCUCUCUACUCUGCUCUG